GUGCCGAGCCAGGCAGUGAUUUUUUUUUCUUUGUGGAAGUGGGUCAGCGGCGGGUCCGGGUUCGGGUUCGGGAUCAGGAGGGGGUCCUCGCCCCCUUGGACGGGGAGCCGGAGACGGAUUAUUCUCUGCGGGGCAACACCAACAAUUUCCAUUCAACCUGCGGUGAGAGGUUUAUUGGAAGAAAAACCCCAACUGGAAGCAAACCAUGGCUAAAGAUGUGGGAAUAGCAACAAGUGAACUGGCCCGAGGACUGAGAGCAUCAACUGGAGAGAACAACACUGAAUCAGCUGACUUGGAGUUCCCAGUGAGUCAGUGAGGAGGAAGUUUGUUAGACCUGCGGUGAGAGGUUUCUUGGAAGAAAAACCCCAACUAGAAGCAAACCACGGCUAAGACAAGGGAACAGCAACAAGUGAACCAGCCCGAGGACUGAGAGCACCGACUGGAGAGGACCCAUCUGACUCAGGGUUUCCAUUGAUUCAGUCAGGAGAAAGUUUGAACAGUAAAAACUGAUCACACCUCUCACCAAAAUGGGUCAAGGUUCGAGCAGUGGAAGAGCUCCAGUGACGUCAACAUCGAGAAAGGACACGGUUAGACCUGCAGUGCGAGGUUUAUUGGAAGAAAAACUCCAACUGGAAGCAAACCACGACUGAAGACAAGGGAACAGCAACAAGUGAACCAGCCCGAGGAUUGAGAGCACCGACUGGAGAGAAACACAUCUGACUCGGAGAUUCCACUGAUUCAGUCAGGAGAAAGUUUGAACAGCAAACACUGAUCACAGCUGUCCUCAAAAUGGAUCAAGGAUUGGGCAGUGGAAGAGUUCCAGUGACAUCAACAUCAGGAAAGGACACGGGUCCCAGCUCAGUGAUCACCGAGCUCCUGUCAAGCUGGAACGAUUUCCAGCUGCUGCAGUUGACGGACUUCUACCGGGACAGGCUGGAGCAGGCGAUGGAAGGAGGGGUGCACGGAGUGAGCCUGGCGUUAACGGCCGAGAAUCAGUUCAGCGGAGAGGAACAUCGGAAAAUCUCUGAUCUCGCUGAUAAAGGAGAGCGGGCGGACAGUUCUAAACUCCUCCUGAGCCUGGUGAUGGAGAAAGGCUCCCACGCCUGGAGGGUGAUGUGGGAAACCUUUGUGAAAAUGCGGAUUGGUGUCCCAAAGUUUGACAAAAUAUUAAAAGAAGUUCAGGAACAUGGUUGUGUUCCGGUCCAUCGACCCGUACCGGAGAUUCCCAAUGAUCUGAAAGAUGUUCAACAGAAACACAAAGAGACUCUGCGGGCACAAACUGAAACACUGAGAGUGAACACGAUCCUGAUGAGGGAGAAGGUGAAGGUUUUCCAGCUGGUUGAUCGAUACGCUGAGCUCACGGUCAUUUCUACUGUUCGAGAUCGGAGACUGGUGGAACAUGAGUUGCUGGCAAGAGGCAGAGACCACGAGAAGUGGAGAGAGAAACAUCUCCGCGGAGAGCUGGAAAAAAUCCGGACUGAUCAGUUAUUCCGGAGCAGCUUUUCCCGGAGUAAAUCCAAAGCUGGGAGUUCAGCAGAAGUGGCUGGAGUCCCGGGGAUCGGGAAAACAACAAUGGUACAAAAGAUUGUUUAUGACUGGGCCAUGGGAAAAAUAUACCAGCAAUUUCAGUUUGUCUUCAGUUUCAAAUUCCGGGAUUUAAAUGCCAUCAACUGCAGAAUAAACCUGAGAGAACUGAUUCUGGAUCAGUAUCCUUACUUUGGCAAUUUUCUGAGGGAGGUCUGGAAGAACCCAGAGGGACUGCUGUUUAUAUUCGAUGGUUUGGAUGAAUUCAAACACAGAAUUGAUUUCACUGACAGUCAGAGAGAUACAGAACCCAAGCACCAGUGCCCAGAUCCCGAGUGGUGGUGUGAAGUGUCGGACAUUGUAUACAAUUUAAUCCAGGGCAAGCUGCUCCCAGGGAGUUCAGUGCUGGUGACCACCCGUCCCACUGCGUUGCAUUUUUUGGAAAAUGCGAAGAUACUUGUCAGGGCUGAAAUCCUGGGAUUUGUUGGUGAGGAACGGAAGGAAUAUUUCAUCAGGCAUUUUGAAGAUCAGACAGUGGCAGCAGCUGUUUUCAAACACGUGAAGGAGAACGAGAUCCUGUACACCAUGAGCUACAACCCCUCCUACUGCUGGAUCCUCGCUCUGGCACUGGGCCCCUUCUUCACACAAAGAGUCAGGGACCCACAGCGAGUUCCCAAGACCAUCACCCAACUGUACUCCUACUAUAUUUACAACAUCCUGAAAAACCACGGCCGUGAGAUUGAGAACCCCCGUGAUGUGUUACUCAGGGUUGGUCAGAUGGCCUUCAGAGGAGUGUUCGAUAAGAAGAUUGUGUUUACAGAUGGAGAUUUGAUCAACUACGAUCUGCAGCCUUCCCAGUUCCUGUCCGGGUUCUUGAUGGAGCUUUUGGAAAGGGAGGAUUCUGCCCGGUGUGUGGUGUACACAUUCCCACACCUCACCAUCCAAGAGUUUGUAGCUGCACUCGUAAAAUUCCUGACUAUACGUCCCAGGGCAAUCAAGCAUUUCCUCACUGCAGCCCACAGCAUGACCGAUGGGCGAUUUGAGAUCUUUUUCCGUUUUGUUGCUGGUCUGUCCUCCCCAAUGACAGCUCGGGGCCUGGAGGAGUUUCUGGGUCCAUUUCCUCAUGAAACAACCUGCCGGGUAAUUGAUUGGGUGAAGGACGAAUUUAAACGCCAGAGUGUAAACACAGAGAGUGAAGUUGGUAAAAGGAGCCUCCUGAAUACAUUGCACUACCUGUUUGAGUCUCAGAAUCGUGGACUGGCUCAGGCCGCACUGGAAUCUGUGGAAACACUUUCAUUCAAUGGAAUGACACUGACCCCGAUUGACUGUGCAGUCCUGUCUCAUGCUGUUGGACUCUGUGAUACAAUAAAACGUCUCGAACUGGUUCGCUGCCACAUUCCUUGUGAAGGAAUCCAGCGGCUGGGACCCGGGCUGUACAAGUGCCAGGAGUUGAGACUUGUUGGUAAUAACCUGGUGGAUUCAGGAGUGAAACUGGUGUCUGCGGCUCUGAGGAACCCGGAGUGUAAAAUACAGAAACUCUGGUUGUGUGCUGUCGGUCUCACAGAUUCUGGUGCCGAGGAUCUUGUCUCCGCUCUCAGUACAAACCCAUCACUGAUGGAGCUGAAGCUGGAAUUAAACUCGCUCACAGACCGAUCUGUCCCCGCUCUCCGCCACCUCAUUCUGACCCUCUCGAGUCUGGAGCUGAUCGAGCUGGAGUUAAAUCAGUUCAGUGAGACCGGGAAGAAGGAACUAAGAUCUCUGCAGGAACCCAGACCCGGACUGAGAGUGACCGUGUGAACAUCCCCGCCUGCAGGAUGGGGACAUUUUGCAGGUUCUCUUCCCUCCCAUGUAAUGGAAGUACUCCCACUUCAUGGCCACACUCCAGGAUUAAUUCCCACUGGUUCCAAUGGACCCCACCUCCAACCAAGUGCUCUGUGAUGUCAAAGGCGGUCUUGCUGUUAUGUAAUUCAGCCUGCUGCCCAGCAUCAUAGCUUCCCCCUAACGUCCGGGUUCGAGACCCCCCUACGUGAGACCCUGGGAAUUUACACAGACAGGAAGAUCCCAGUGGUCUGUGUCUCAGUCUGGCACAACAGUGACCUGGUGUGGGAUUAUCCGGGUAGAGAAUCCUUUUGCUCAAUUUGUUGAGGAUGGUGCAUUCCACAGUCUGGCCGAUAUAAUGAUGUUAAAUUGACAGCCAGCUUGGUAGUGAACCUCGAUCUGCAGCGACCUUGGACAUUGCCCUGAAGAGUGAUUUUAUAAUCAUCGUUUCCCAGAUGCAGGAUGAGGAUGAGAAACAGGACUGAAUAUUCAAUCUGUUACUUGUUGUAACCUGUCAGUUAAUUGUGUGUGACUGUGAGUGAAUCAGGUGCAGAUUAUUUAUUCCCGCAUGUUUGCAGCUCACACAUUGAUUUCAUCAUGACGUAUGUAAAUUAAACAA